UGUUCACCAAUCGUCCAUUAUGAACCACAAGCUUAAAGAUAAUUUCCUACAACCCAAACUUUGCCAUUUACUCCUGAUUUUAUAUAAUAAUUCUCCCUACGUGUCAUCCACAUAGCAUUAUCACCUAUAAUUUCAUUUCUUUGUGCCUAUCUAUUUACAUUCUAAACCUUCUUAACUCAAAAAAUCAUACUAUUAUUUUACUAUAUGUAAAACACAUGUACUACACUAAGAAGCUGAUGAAUCACAUGACCAUGACCAUGAUGUUUCUUUAGUUAAUAGUUUCGAUAUAUGCUAAGGUUGGUUUCCUUGAUUUUAGCGAAGAUUCUACUAUGUUUUAUAUUCUCAUUGGACAGUGUCCGUUUGUAUAAUUGGUGAGAUUUGGAUUCUGAACAGUGAUAAAGAUGGAGCUCAAAUCUUUCUCUUACAAUUCUAUGUCCACAUUUGAGAUUGCAAAAUCUUCUUCCACUUUGUUCUCCAAUUCUAGGCACAAAUUUGGAGUUAGAUACUCUAACCAAUUCAAGUGCAGCAGAGGGUUGUUUCUCAAGAGUUAUAGUGCUUCAGAUGAGUCUUAUUUGACAGAUAAAGGUGUUGUUUAUUCAGUUGGUUCAGAUGAUUUUGCCGCAUUAACUACAAGUUCAAAUAGUGUUAAUGGCUCAACUUCAAGCUUGUAUUAUAGAAAUCUUAUACUUGGUGCUUUUGAUGAUGAGUAUGGAGGGGUUGUCAUUGAUCCAAAUAGGUUGCCACAAAAUUCAUAUGCUUUUGCAUCUAUGCUUUGUUUGUCUCUUUCUCACUGGAAAAAAUUGGGAAAGAAGGGGAUUUGGCUUAAAUUGCCCUUAGAGAAAUCUGAUCUUGUUCCAAUUGCUGUCAAGGAAGGGUUUGAAUACCAUCAUGCACAACCGGGAUAUGUGAUGUUAACUUACUGGAUUCCAGAAGGACCUUGCAUGCUUCCGGCAAAUGCUUCGCAUCAAGUAGGAAUUGGUGGAUUUGUCAUCAAUGACAACAAUGAAGUACUUGUGGUGCAAGAGAAGCAUUGUUCUCCUGCAACUCUUGGCCUUUGGAAAAUACCAACCGGUUUCAUUCAUGAGGCAGAGGAAAUUUAUACCGGAGCUGUAAGAGAAGUGAAGGAAGAAACUGGUAUUGAUACAGAUUUUAUUGAAGUCAUAGCAUUCAGGCAUGUACACAAUGUGGCCUUUGAGAAAUCAGAUUUGUUCUUCAUCUGCAUGCUAAAACCACUGUCAUCUAGCAUCACUGUGGAUGAUCAUGAAAUUGAAGCAGCAAAAUGGAUGCCACUGGUUGAGUUUGUAGAGCAACCACUAAUACAAGAAGAUUCCAUGUUCAAGAAGAUUGUCGAUAUCUUUAUAGCGCGUCUCGGGAAACGUUACUGCGGCCUAUCAACUCAUCAAGUAGUUUCCAAUUUUGAUGGCAAGAUUUCUUCUCUAUACUACAAUGUCAUUGACAAUGAUGAUGCAAACUGUGUUGGAAAAUAAGACUCUGAAAGCUGAAAACUGAGCUAACCACUACACUACUAGUACAGAUAUCCGGUAGAGUAAUUUGUAACAUAUUAUUAAGUGCAGUUUUGUUUGCUAAUGUGUAUAAGUGUUAAUAUUAAUAAAGAGUUGUAAUUGAACACCAGGGAACAUUACAUUUUGUUCCUAAUUUGUGUUUGGAAUGUAGAACUAUAUGUAUAGAGUAUGUUGAUUGGCUUCCUUUGUUAAAUUUAUUGAAACAAUUAACCAAAUCAAAUCAGCAUGUAUAUUUGAAGAUUAACAUGCUAUGUUAGAGAAAA